AAGGUAGGUAGGUAGUAUUACGGUACUCUCCAUUUCGGCCAGUUACCUGUAACUAGUUACCUGGGUAGCGCCAAAGAUGCCGCCAAAGUUCGUUUUUCAGGGUCCGGUGAGCACAUUAAAAUUAGAAAGACACGUUUAACAAGUGUGUGUGUGUAUCUCGGAGGAAAAUACCGCUCGCCGCUCAACGCAACGGGUUCGUCUGGUUAAGCGGAGUCGCUUUCAGGAUUUCAGAGCGGAUUCGUCGCGGUCAACGUCUGUAAGAAACGGUUCGUGCGGACAGUUCUAUUCUUUGUCUGACACUUCUUCGGUUCGGAAAUUAAAACAUCACGCGAAAUAAUACGGACUUUAGUGGCGUUGCGGUGCUUAACACGAAAAUGUGAAUCAUGUGUUGUGUGCUCUAUUUAUUCAGUUCAUCGUAAAGGUAAAAAAUAGAAAGAAAAACAAAACCAACCACCAUGGGCUUUUCCACGAACCUACAGGGCAAAGUUGCUCAUGAAGCGCUUUUGUCUCGUCAAGAGGCAGAGCUGAGACUGCUCGAAACGAUGAAGAGGUGUAUAAAUAUUAAAGUUAAGUGCGAGAAGGAUUACGCUGCCGCUUUGAGUGCUGUCGCAAGCCAGGGGAUGAAGAUUGAUCGAGGGGAUGAUUUAACAGGAAGUGUUGUAUGUGCCACAUGGAAGACGAUGAUGGAAGAGUUAGACAAUACCGCAAAACUUAUAAGACACAACGCGGACAACGUAGAAAAUAAAGUAGUAGAUGCCUUAAAUGCUCUCUGUGCCGAAAAAAGGAAAGUUAGAAAGGCAUACCAAGAAGAACACAAUCGCAUUUCUCAUCAAUUUAGUCAAUUAUCUGAGGAGGUUAAUAGGAAGAAGGUUGAUUAUCAGAAGUACCUAGAUCUGUAUAAGCUGAUGAGGUGUAAAUUCGAAGAAAUAUAUAUAAAAGGUGGUCGCGGUGGUAGAAAACUUGACGAAGUCAGAGAUAAAUAUCAGAAGGCCUGCAGGAAACUCCAUCUGACUCAUAACGAAUACGUGUUGCUUUUAUGCGAAGCGGCCGAAUUCGAAAAAGAUUAUCGAACAGUGCUUUUACCGGGGCUAUUGGAACACCAGCAGUCAUUACAAGAGGCGUUUGUAGCUACAUGGAAACAAAUUCUUCAAGAUAUCGUCAGCAAUUCAGACUUAACUUCGGAGAAACACUGUGAAAUCCAAAAAAGGAUAAAUUCUAGUUUGGAGUCCAUAAAGCCAGCGGAAGAGUACAAAGACUUUACUGAAAAAUAUAAGACUACACCUACUGAACCUGUAAAAUUUACAUUCGACGAGAGUUUGGUGGAAGAUUCAGCCGGAAAACUUCUGCCCAACCAACUUACAGUGGACAAUUUGACAGUCGAAUGGUUGAGGAAUAAACUUACCGAAUUAGAAGCUAGUAAUAAGGAAAAUCAAGAGAAACGAAUUGUACUGGUCAAUGGACAUAAUAGUGAUAGUUUAGUUAAUGGAAAACCUCUUUCCAACGAAAUUAAUAAUAGGUUAUCAGUUAUAAGUUUGGAGUCAUCGAAAAAAGAAGUAAACGAAUUAAAAUGUCAGGAGCGGAAAAUGUUAAAGCAAAUCGAACUCAUCAAAAGUGCCUUAAAUGAGUUAGGUUGUGAAGAAGUGCCAUCGGGUUGUGAUAUAUCUAUUGAUAAUCAACCUGCUUUUAUAGAAAGUCCAAGAGAACAGGGUGACGGUUCUCAGAGUACACUAAACAAACAUUUGUCGGCCUUCGACUCUCAUCGCCUGGUAAAAAUGUUGCCCAAUGUCCUUAGAAAGCCUUUUAGGCGGAGAAGUGCUCCUUCUUCGCCUAUAGCUCCCCCUAGGACUAAAGGUCGGAGGGAGUCGGUGCCUCGUAGUGAAGGAGGCGAUCCAGUUUCUCUUACAACUAAUAAGUCCUUGGUAGAUGAGGAAUGGUUCCACGGAGUCCUUCCUCGUGAAGAAGUGGUUAGGCUCCUUACGACGGAUGGAGAUUUUCUUGUUAGAGAGACAACGAGAAACGACGAGUGCCAAACAGUCCUUUCAGUUUGCUGGGGUGGACAUAAACAUUUUAUAGUACAAACGACUGCCGAGGGUCAUUAUAGAUUUGAAGGACCCGCAUUUCCUAGUAUACGAGACUUAAUCCUGUAUCAAUUCAACAGCGGCCUACCAGUGACCCAACGAUCAGGUGCCAUUUUAUACAAGCCCAUUCCACGAGAAAGGUGGGAAUUGAAUAACGACGACGUCAUCUUGCUGGAUAAAAUUGGACGGGGAAAUUUUGGUGACGUGUACAGAGCUCAACUAAAAAAUAGCAACGAUAUAGUAGCGGUGAAGACAUGUAGGGUAACAUUACCAGAAGAACAUAAAAAGAAGUUCUUACAAGAAGGCAGAAUACUCAAACAAUACGACCAUCCAAACAUUGUUAAAUUGAUUGGAAUAUGUGUUCAGAAGCAACCAAUCAUGAUUGUUAUGGAAUUAGUGCCUGGUGGAUCAUUAUUAACAUUCUUGAGAAAGUCUGCUUCAACAUUAACAGAAAAUCAAUUAAUGAAAAUGUGCUUGGAUGCGGCCGCUGGUAUGAGGUAUCUUGAAUCGAAGAACUGCAUACACAGAGACUUGGCAGCUCGCAACUGUUUAGUAGGAUAUAACAAUAUUGUCAAAAUAUCAGACUUUGGGAUGUCCAGAGAAGAAGAGGAAUAUAUUGUUUCCGAUGGGAUGAAGCAGAUUCCAAUAAAGUGGACUGCCCCCGAAGCUUUAAAUUUUGGAAAAUAUACGUCUCUAUGUGAUGUUUGGAGUUAUGGUAUCCUAUGUUGGGAAAUAUUUUCAAGAGGAGGAACUCCUUAUAGCGGCAUGAACAAUUCGAAAGCCAGAGAAAAAAUUGACGGCGGUUACAGAAUGCCAGCACCGGAAAAUACACCCGACGAAAUGUACCGAUUAAUGUUAAGAUGUUGGGAAUACAAGCCCGAAAAUCGACCAAACUUCGAACAAGUUUAUACGGUCGUCGAGACACUUUGCAGCGCAUAUCGGGCAACGUUUUGCUAAAAUUGCUAAAAUACAACUUUUAUAUAAAUCUGUGAUUUUUUGUCCAUAUAGUGAAGUAAGUCUAAAAUGUAAAAAAUAAAUAAGAGUUAAAUAAAAAAAUAAAUUGCCAUGGGGUUCAGUGUCGUACUGUUCUUUAUUAUAUUAAGUUUAAAUACUAAGUUCGUUUAUAGUCUGUUUAUUUUUGACACAACUGACUCAAUCAACCCCAUGUGAGUAUCUCAAGUUUGUUGUUACUGUUACAAAUGUAUCCAUAUUACUUUUUAUAUGUUUGGUGUAAAAUAAUAAUUGUAUGUUGAGUGCAUGUCCAGUUGUUUUUACUGUGAUUAUUAAUUACUUUAUUUUAAUAAACAAUAUUUCCACUA